AUGCGCAGUCAAGAUGAAGUGUUGGGAACUCUCUGGGAGCAGGAUGGGAAGAAACACAAGAAGUCUCCAACAACCUGGAAACGAUACCUAAGGCUUCAGAAAAGCCCAAUAGUCAUCGUUCUACUACUGUCACUAUGCUUCACGUCCUUCACCGAAGCGGCCUACGUCAAGUUCCAAAAUUGUUUGGAUAAGAGUAUCACCAACUCAAGUCCACGACUACUUCAAUUCACCCCACUCAAUGUAUCAGCCAUCUUCAAUACUACAUCGACCUACCACAAACUCAACGUCACUGUAUACGGCAAUGUCUCUGGACAGGCGACCACUCAGACCUAUCCGGCACCGGAUGAUCCCUCGUGGAAGAAUACAAAUGAUACUUUCGGCAAAAUCCCCGAUGUGAGCGAGUCCAACAACAAAUAUACGACUUUGUUCGCUCGAUACAAUUUUCUCAGUUACACUCCUUGGAAUGCUGAUCCAAGCAGGUUUUGCGAGUCCGUGGUCCAAGAAGAAUGUCCUCUGGCUCCGGCAUUCUACGUCAAUGCGAGUGAACUCAGCCAGUUGCCCGCGUUCUCGGUAGCGCAUGACAUGGAGUCGAGCUACGCUUUUGCCUCAAUUCAAGCUACUCUUCGGAUCCAGUCAGGCGACGCUAGUGGCCAGUAUUACGGCUGUGUCACGGCGUCCAUCACUCCGGACUUGGGUGGAUAUCUCAAAGGUCUUUUGCGAUAUCUGCCUCUCGCAGUCUUGAUCGUGGUCGGCGUUGCAACGAUUGCUGCUUCCGUCUGGAGUCCUUGGGGUUCGACCGAUCUAUUCCACUGGAGCAGCAAUUUUGGCCGUGAUGAAGACCUCUUGCGUCUGGUCACGCCUGGAUUCGGUGAUUGCUUACAAUAUAUCCAAUUUGUUGUGCUUACUGGCAGUCUAAGCCUCAAUUAUCCUGGCUUCUUUCAACCCGCCGUAAGUCGUGUCAGUUGGUCAUCGCUCAUGUUCAACGAAAGCUUCGUCAGCGAAGGAAAUGGGACCCAAAGUCUGGUUGACGGCAUUUAUGAAUAUCGGAACGGCACCAAGUAUGGACUUGACAACAUGAGUCAACUUGUGGGCAUGACCUCCGAUAGAGACAUUUGGGCGGACAUGAUAGUCUGGCUGGUUGUCCUUGUUGCGGGUGUGAUAAUCUUGUCCCAGCUGGGUUUUGCCGCACGUUGGGGAUAUCGACAUUUCGCAAGAGAGUCCGCCGAAGACCUCAGAUCCAAAAAUGGGCCUUUCACCAUUGGCAACGUUGUGCGCCUCGCUCUCAACUACUUUCUCUUGCCCUGGACUGCUUUGUCCUUCUACCAGCUGCUAAUUGCGACUCGCGGACCAUCAUACUCGGUUGCAUUAGCAGCAGUCUCGCUGGUGGUGAUUGUUGCCUUCUCCGUACGGCUCAUGCUUUUGUUUGCCCGGACAAGACCACGCUCAUUCCUCUUCGAUGACUUGCUGACUGUCCUUACAUACGGUCCAUUAUACAACACUUAUUGCGAUGACGCAGCCACCUUCGCUUUGAUUCCACUGCUAGUCAACUUUCUUCGGGGCAUCGCUAUUGGAGCUGUCCAGCCAUCUGGAGUUGCACAACUUGUUCUCCUUGCCAUCUGCGAGAUGGUAAUGAUCUUGACGCUCAACGCUUUUCGGCCUUACCCAUCAGCUACGUCAAUGAACAUCUAUCACACAUGUUUCGCCGUAAUCCGACUCAUUACGAUCCUAUUGUCAAUCGCCUUUGUUCCAUCACUGGCUGUGGAGUCGGCAACCCGGGGCUGGAUAGGAUAUGCUAUCCUUGUUAUUCAUGCCUGCACACUUGUUUUCGGCUUCUUCCUCAAUGCGGUCCAAACGCUGAUCGAGGUCAUUGCUCGGAUGGCCGGUGCAGGUGGGCGUGAUCAUGACACUGGAGGCGCCACAAGAGGUGGGUUGAACAAGGUGUUCGGCAUGCGACAGUUGUCCCGUCGGAUGCCGCGGGCCAGAGAUCAAGCUUCACGUCACAGCAUGGCUUCCAAUACUGCCAUGUUGACCGCUAUGGACAGUGAUCAGAAGACUCUUCAAAUGGCCAAAACUCGAUCUCGUAGUGUGUCAGCAGCAUCUGGCGCAUUGCUGGACAGUGGAAGGAGCUCUCACAGGCUGAGUCAGAAUCUUGACGGAGCUUUGGGCCAGACGACGCCUGAACGAUCUAACAGAGCAUCGAGGCGCCUUACCAACAGGUUGAGUGGCAGCACUUCACUGGGUGGCAUUGUCGGCCUUCACAAGGCUGAGACAAAAGACCCUUACUACAGACCGCCACGCAGAAAUACCAUGGACCAAUUGUCUGGCAACGAUGCACCUCCCGAUGCAUCAGUCACAAGUAAAAGCAUGGUGCCAGACGAGAGAAUGGUGGACGACGAUGCAGGUGAAGGGACAUCGACCCCUCUGCAGCCUCAGGAAGAAGGAUUCGAGGAUGUCGUGAUCGAAGGGCCAAGGUCGAAAACCGAUUAUGCCGUAAGAGAGGUCGACUUCUAUUAUGGUGUCCGUGGUGCAGCGCUGUCAAGCGGAACAAGGAAAUUGAAGACUGGUCCAGCUGACCCUACCGGACCCGUCUCGACGGCCAGAGGUUGGUUCAAAGGCAUUAUGGGCGGCAAGACUAAGGAAAAGACGAAAGGGUUUGAAGUCGUCCGCAGCGCUCGCGCCCCACCGCCGGGUUUAUUCCCGCCUACCCCUGAAGUCGAAACCCAGGAGCCAGAACCAUAUCAUGAUGAGCAACAGCAGGUCGACAACAGCCGCCCUGAUCAUGACCAUCCAAGAGUCGUCUCGCCUGUUUCACGAAGGAAGGGCGCAAGAGGGGGCGUAUACGACGAUGUUUCUUCCCUGGAAUCUGAGGAGGAAGAUGAACCUAUUAGCCCCGUCCCAUCACAGCCACCUUCUCUUCCCCUCAUCGAUUCAGUUGGUGGAAUCGAGCUGCCAAGCAGGAUUGGAUCCGAAGUAUCACGAAAGUCUCGCAACAACAGACCUCGGCCAGACGAGCUCCAAAUUCCAGCCGUGCCAGCUAUACCACGAAAGAGUUCGCGGAGACAAUCAGGCUCGGAUAUGGAAGUGCCACAGCGGUCGAGAGCGUCUCUAGCAGGCCCCUCGAAAUUCCCAGAUCACAAGGGCCAUACACAAAGCCUAAGUGCCAGUCGCAUUCCGUUCACCACUACUCAACCUUCAGUAGCCAGAACGCAGAGAUACUCGACCGGAGCUGAGUCGACGGCCUCCAGUGUGAUUCGCGAUGGUGAGGAGAACCCGCCCGCUCAGUCAUCCUACAUCACUAGACUUCGACACUCUGGCUCGGCGCUGGGUCCUGUACAUGGGGCAAAUAUACGAAACGACCGGCCUUCAGGUAUGGGCUUUGUUCACCAGCACAAAGCUAGCGACAGCAUCCAUUAUAAUCCCACAACACCAGAAUAUGAGGGUAGCACAGCGGAGGUUAUGGGCCGACCUGGUUACUAA